GCAAAGGACACUGAACUGCGUGCCGACGUUAGCGUUAGCCUGCUAGCUCUCAAGAUCUCAUACUCAGAAAUCCCUACGCAAAGGACACUGCACUGUGUGCCGACGUUAGCGUUAGCCUGCUAGCUCUCAAGAUCUCAUACUCAGAAAUCCCUACGCAAAGGACACCACUGUGUGCCGACGUUAGCGUUAGCCUGCUAGCUCUCAAGGUCUCAUACUCAGAAAUCCCUACACAAAGGACAAGCGCUUUGCCACAGCACCAUGGUAACUCACAACAAACACCCAUCAGAGUGGCUGCUCUACAGACCCGGCUAACCCGAGGAAGUGAGGCCAGGCUGGUAAAGGAGGCGUUUUAAUUGCCCUGGAUCGUGGAAGACAAAGACCCUGAAAUGGAGAGUGAACUUUCCCAGCUAGGUGGUGAAAAAAGCAGACCUCAAAGCAGGCUGAGAGAGGCGUCUGGCUGGGGUAACACUAACAGCACGACAGUCCUGAGUUCAGGGGUAAGCCUGGAUCCAUCAGAGGUCGGUCCUCGGCUCUGGGGAGCGGACACAAGAGAGGCAGUGAUGGGGAGGGGGCUCGACGAGGGGGGCGGCAUGGGCCAGGAACCAUGGGGCAACGAAGAUGAGGACGACGGCACUGAUCCAGAGCCGAAAGAUGUGAGGGAGAUGUACAACCCAACUGGGCAGGCACGUUAUGAGGCAGCCUGUGAGGUGUUUGGUGUGGUCCCCAUCUCUUACUUCCUAUGUCACAUGCAUGACAGCGAAUUAACCAUGAUGCACCACGGCCUGGGACCCCAGGGUACCAAAGCCCUGGCAGUUCCCUUGGUAACCAACACUUACAUCCUGAAGCUGAACCUGAGGGAUAAUUGGAUGGAGGCGAUGGGUGGAGCCGCCUUGGCUGAGAUGUUGAAAGAGAACUGUUACAUCACAGACAUUGAUUUGUCUGAGAACCGGCUGGGAGACAUGGGGGCCAGUGCCAUCUCCAACAUGCUCCUGGAGAACACCACGCUGAUCCGACUGAACCUCUCCGCCAAUAACUUCGGUGACCAGGCAGCCGCGGGUCUGGCCAGGGCCUUUGUGGGAAAUCUAAAACUCCAAGACCUGGAUCUGAGUCGCAACACCAUGGGUGAAAUGUCAGGGGAAAUUCUCGGGGAUGCUAUUGCAGAAAACACCGGUCUAAGGAAGCUAAACCUGGCCUGGAACUGUAUCCGUGGGAAAGGCACACUGGCUGUGGCUAAGGGCCUUGGGGCAAACAUAUUCCUCAGAGUUCUGGACUUGUCUUACAACGGAUUUGCAGGCGACGGGGCAGCAGCCCUAGGACAGGCACUGAAAGCAAACAACGUCUUGGAGGAGCUGAAUGUCAGCAACAAUCGGAUUCCCCCUGACGGCGCGAUCCGGUUUGCGACUGGUCUGCGUGUAAACAAAACCAUCAAAUCUCUCAACAUGUCCCGGAACCCCCUGCAAUCUGCAGGCUGUUACGGUGUCCUGAAGGCCAUCCAGGGAAACCCAGGGUCAGCAGUCGAGUCCUUGGAUUUUUCUGACAUCUCUGUAAACAAGGACUUUGAGGAUUUGUGCAACGCAGUCAAAGGUGCAUUUCCGGGCCUGCAGGUGAAACACGGAGGCAGCUCAAGCAUGUUCAGAAGAGGCCUACCUGCUACCUGUAGGCCUACCUGCUAAGUGCGGGCAGGACCGGGUAGCUGUGUAACGAUGGGACUGCAGUGCCCGCAGUGACUACAUUUCACCACAAGAGGGGAGUCUCUGUUCACAUAAAUAUGCUAAUUUACCUAUUAGUGUUUUACAAGUAUUCCUUUAACUUUUAAUAAAAUCUUUUGUCUGUAUACACACAACACCAAAAUGUAAAACUGUAAUACUAACCAAAAACUGUACAGUACAGCUUUCCUGGCUAACCCUAGGACCAAAUCUAAUAUAAUGGUGGAAUAGAUCAGUGUAAUAUUAAAAUAACAAAUAUUUGAAAAACAUAAAGUUAUUCUACCGUACCCAUAUAAUUACAUAAAACCAAAUUCAGCAAUAAUGUUUAACUUGUUAUCAGAGAUAACCACACUCUCACACUGGACAGCUAAAAAGAUUUGUCAAGGGAGAGGUUAAAAAGGAAAACGUGCAAGAGAAAAGGGACUCUUGGUAUGAAGUUACAGGGUGAGGUACAGGGAAUGAUUUUAGGGAAACCCCAGGGUAAGGCAUAGGUUACAUGUAAGGAACAGGAGACACAAUCAAUAAAAUUUGCAGGUAGUUUUGAGAAAUUUAAUACUGUGCAUAUUUUACCCUUCAUGCUAAGUGGUAUAAAUACUCAUUGUAUUUAAGAAAAUAAACAUGGAUUUAAAUGUACUGAAAGGACAGUGCAUUGACGCA